AUGCGCCCAACGGAAGCCCUGAGGAAAGGCUUCCUCGGGCGGAGCAUGGAUGAAUUCAAGCGUCUAGCUGUCGUAGCCUUCAGAGCAGAAGGUGUCAAGGGGCCCUCAGGACCCCUCCUCUUACAAGACUUCCGAGACCCCGAAUCGAUCUCACAAUGCAAGACCAUGACAGACCAAGAAAUCGGAGGCUUCUCUCACUGCGCGCUCGACUGGGCUUCAUCCCAAGACUCCGCCGACCCAUCCGCACUAUCCCCCACCUCCGCCCAGCCCCCAGGGCAUGCCAGGUUCCACGGCACGAUAUCGACCGAACUCCCGAAGAAUAAACCCGACAUUCAGAGAACAGGAUAUGCGGCGUGGAGGACGCUAGACAGGCCGCCGACCGUGUUCGGGAAGAGCCUGUGGGACAUCGACAUGUACGCGUACCUCGCAAUGCGGGUCCGGUCGGACGGACGCAGCUACUUCAUCAACCUGCAGACCGAGAGCGUGGUGCCCACGGACUUGCACCAGCACCGGCUAUUCGCGAAGCGCCCCGGGGAGUGGGAGACGGUGCUGGUGAAGUGGAACGAUUUCGUGCGCACGAACCAUGGAUUCGUCGUCGAGCCGCAGACGGAGCUGCUGCGGCGGAAGAUUAGGACGGUUGGUGUGGGACUGACAGAUCGGGUUCCUGGCCCGUUUGAGCUGUGUAUCGAGAGGAUAUGGGCAACCAAUGACGUUGCCGAGGCUGAUUCCGUUAUGGAUGCCGGCGAGGCUGGGCAGACUGCGAGCGAAUUGAGGGAUCGACAGGGGAAGAGCAUACUCUGGAAAGAGGCAUAA